AUGGCGCAAAACAGCUGGGUAGACCAACUAAAGCCGUCCCUUCCUGAUGGACCAUCCACUCUGGCGCAUGAGCGUGGCGGCUCUUCCAUUGAUGUCGAUGCAUUUGCCCAACAUGUCCUUGGCGGUGAAUAUCUCCAACGACAGCAGCAAGUGCUCGAAAUUCUCCAGAAAGAGAAAGUAUUUUCUAAAGAAAAACAAGCAAACUUGUCACGCCCUGAGCGUUACAUGCUGGGCUUAGCCCGAGGGAAGCGCAUGCGGCAGUUGCAAGACAAACAUGGAUGGUCCGACGACGAUCAUGAGAUGGCUAAAUAUUUGGUGGAUGAGAUUUCGCCGUUUCAACUACAAAAUACCAUGUUCCGUCAAACACUGCGUGAACAGACUGAUGAGGCUCAACGUGCCUACUGGCUUCGUCGCUGUGAGGACUGGGAUAUCGUCGGAGCCUAUGCUCAAACUGAGCUUGGCCACGGUAGCAAUGUUCAAGGGGUGGAAACUACCGCAACUUGGGAUCAAUCGACCAAAGAGUUCGUCAUACACAGUCCCACCUUGACUGCUUCUAAAUGGUGGAACGGUACUUUGGGUAAAACUGCCAACCAUGCGGUUGUUAUCGCUCAGCUCAUGCUUCCGGACCCGAGUGCUCCUACCACUGGAAAGACCAGGUUUAAAUCAUUUGGCCCGCACCCAUUCAUUGUUCAAGUGCGAGACAUGAAGAGCCACCUGCCUCUAGAGGGAGUUGUCGUGGGUGAUAUUGGUGCGAAGUUUGGGUAUGAUAGCAUGGACAAUGCAUAUAUGCUCAUGAAUCAAGUCAGUGCUCUACUUGCUCGUUAUUCCGCCGUUGACCCCGAAACCGGUGCAUACCGUGCUCCAGAAAAUAGAGCGGUGGUUUAUGGGUCACUCACUCAUGCCCGCAAACGAAUAGUCAUGGCUGCUAGACUUAUGCUUGCACGCGCUGUGACUGUGGCAAUCCGUUACUGCGCUGUACGACGACAAUUCAAGUCGAAGGAUAAUCCAGGUGCAGAGCACGAGUCCUCCGUACUUGAUUAUACAACGGUCCAAAUUCGACUCUUUCCACUCCUUGCCACUGGGUUUGCAUUGCAUUACAGUGGUAAAGUCAUGGGCGAAGUUUAUGACCGCACUCGCUCCGCCGUGGAAGAGGAAGGCAAUCUCUCAAACUUGAUUGAUUUACACUCCCUUUCGUCUGGUCUCAAGUCCUUGUCUACUGAGCUAGCUACCUCGGGGAUUGAAACCGCCCGCCGGGCAAUGGGUGGCCAUGGGUUCGGUGGUGAAACGGGCUUGAUAGGACUCAGCCGCGAUUACCUAUCGAAGCCAACUGUUGAAGGCGAUAAUUGGAUGAUCACUCAGCAAAUGGCUAGAUACCUACUUAAGAAAGCCAAGUUGAUUGUAUCUCAGCCGGGGUUGAAACCCUCAAACCGUACUGAAAGUACGCUGGCCCAGUAUUGGCAAAUUAACUGUGACAAGAAGCUCCCAAGGACGUCCAGGCCAUUGGACGUUCUGAACAGCGACUCAGACAUUGUGGCCGCUUUUGAGCAUCGUUCGUCGUUUCUGACAUUCCAGGCUUAUGAAGCUUCCGAGGUCCAUGGUAAGGGUUAUGAUAAGCUCAUGAUUCGACUACACGACCUCAGCAAUGCUCAAUCCGAGGCCAUUCUCGUGUAUAAUUUCUACGACCAACUGAGCGCCGACACUAAACUACCGUUCAGCACUAAACAAGUCAUCUGGAAGCUGUUUAGGCUGUUUGCUCUUUUUACAAUGAGCAAGCAUUCACGAGAUUUUGAGCGCUCCGGGGCAGUUCCAAAACGUGAUCUCGACGCUCUCGCAGAUGACCAUCUUGUCGACAUCAUGGCAUCCAUCCGACCACACGCAGUGAGCAUUGUGGACUCCUGGAAGUUCCCGGAUUAUCUACUAAACAGGUGA